AUGUUUCCGUGUAAAUCAAUUUGAAAACGGGCAUUUUAAUUUAUGUGACUUUAUUUUUAUGAGUGUUGACGCUUUUAUUGGCAAAAGUGAUUAAAACGAGAUCUUCGAAUACCGCAAAUAAACACAUCUGUGUUUUACAUCAUGUUUUCGAAAUUGCGUAAGAAUGCAAUAUUUCCAGUGCCCUCUCCAGUAAGACCGUCAAUUCCACACUGUCAAGUUCCGAUUCGUACAUUCCAAAGGUCUCGAUCAGAGCAGCGACCAUUGCCAAUAAUUCCUUUAGAAGCUGAACCAGUGAGACGAGAACCUACCAGACAAUAUUCUACGUACCACAACCGUGGACAUAACCGAGUACGUGUACAAUCACCGGUGAAUAAUAAUUCAUCUACUACAAGCGACAGCGACAAUAAUGAUAUUGAAAGGGACCACCUCAAUUCUCAUUCAUUAGUUAAGAAUCCAUUCUGUCCAGAUCUCUUACAUUCUUGUCCAGCCCAUUUAACACAAUCAACUUCACCAGCCGACCCACAUCAACCAAAAUCCGCACAACUGCACGAAGAGGACUAUGUGGAGAUCGAUGAAAUCCGUCAAACCGUGUCGACGUUAAGCAUCGACAAUAAUGACCCUUUCAACACAAAUUCUACCAAUUUUCCAAACCGUUUUGCUGAGGGAAAUGCAAUAUGCAUAGAUCCGAUCGAGCCGCUGAAACAGGCAAUGGGACAAAGUUUGAGCCAACGUAGGCCAAAAAUUUCAUUAACAUGGGUUCUGCGAGGUGAACAGCAACCGGCCAAUCCAUCGACAAUAUUACAUGUCGAUGGCCCGGAGAAUCGUACACGCGAAAAGAAAAAAUUUCGGAGUAAAAGUAAAGACACUGGUGAACGUUUGUUUAGUGAAAAAUAUGUUACUGAAGUUGAGAAGAUCGGUGACUCUGGCCUGAACAAUAAUGGACAACGAGUUGUUAGUGAAUUGUUGUAUGUCUGUAGCAAAAAUACCGGUGAAAGUUCGUCAAUUGAUGGAUACACAAGUGAUCGUUGUGGUAGUCGAAAUGAACGGUGUCGAAGGAGUGAUAAGCCGAAGAUUUCGUCGAAAUUUUCGAUGAUCAAAAAUAAUUUAAAUCAUUUUGCGCCCGAAAAAAGUGAUCAUUUUAAAGAUAAAACAAUUGCUCUGAAUGGCGAAAGUGCAUCUCGCGAUGGAAACCGGAGCGAUGUUAAUAUUAAUGGAGAAUAUAUCAAACCGACGUAUUCAGAACCAUCGCUGUGUACUGAAGGACAGAGUCGUCGACACAGACAUCGGCGAAGGAGGAAUAGAUCACAACGGUUUGGAUACGAAAUCAGAAAUGUAGACGAUUUUUUGUCAAAGUGCUCCUUGUCAUCACCAGGGAACAUUCCUGUCGUUUUGUCAUCAUCGAGCACUUUAUACCAGACAAAGCCCGGUGGAUAUCAAAUCGAAAUCCCAUUACCAUUGGGGAUGGUUGUGAAUGCAGUUUUCAAAAAUCAAAACUGGUUGUAUGUUCAAACACCACAUGCAGAAGAGGGAUAUGUGUGCUACAAAUACAUCAUGCCGUUGGGGAUAAUACCGCAUAUGAGAUCAACAUCAACGGUUAAGCCUCCGUGCUGGGAGACAAGUGGAUUCCCGAAACCAUGUGGUAAUAUGACUGACAGUGAAAAAGAGAUUCGAUUACGCGGUGGAACCAGAAGUGAAGGUGCUCGUACUCCGCGGCUACGCCGAACUACUAAGCAGUGUGGCGAGAAGAAUGUCGAUCUACUGUAUUUAAGAGCAGCCAGUCAGCCCAAGCUUCAGGAAAAGUCUUAUGCCCAACUCAAAUCAACCAGUAAAAUGUGCAAAUCAGCGACUGCAUCCUCGGAGAAACCUAAUGACGAUUAUGUGUUACUGCAACACAAAAAGCCGCCAAUCUAUCCGCAAAAUAAUAUCAAACCAAUUAUCAACACACGAAACAGCACAAGAUCUCUCCGGCAAACAUUAUUGGCCGUGACAGAGAAUUUUGUUUCCACAGCUAUAUCAGUAAAGAAAGGAGAUGUGGUCACAUUGUUGGCUUGCAAGCAAAUACAAGAUAAGCGGUUGCAACAACCGAUUCAAUGGUUCUUUGUUAGGUCCAGAGACGGACAGGAAGGAUUUAUUCCGGCUGAAGUUGCUGGUCACGGAUUCUUAUAGUUGUUUUUUUUUACCAAAAAGAAGUAUUACAUUUAAUUAACGCAUGCACGAAUAUAACGAGUUAUUUAUAGGUGUUGUUAGAAAGUUUUUGCUAAUAAAGUCUCGGAUUAACUGAAUUCCACAAAUUGUAGAAAU